CAGCAACUUGAACAGUCGCCAUUUCAGAAGUCAGUUGUUAAAAUGCUGGAGAGCGGUGCGAAUAAUUAGGUCUGCAAGGGAAAUAUGCUUCUCUGCUGUCCAUACAAGCCUUGCCAGGAGUCUGGGGAGGGGUUGUGACCUCUGACAUGAGCACUGAAGAGGGUGGUGACAAGAGGGGCGUGGCCUCUGAAAUACAGCACAACAUCAAUGGAACCCUGGAACCAGACAGCAAGAGGGUCAGACUGCAGAGGGCAGAGUCACCGACGCCCAGCUAUCAGUCUGUGAAGAGUGACCGGUCCAUGGACCAUCCUGUUACGUUUGGUGGUGGACACCCUGGCCCCUCUCCAAGGGUCAGACUGCAGAGGGCAGAGUCACCGGCUCCCAGCUAUCAGUCUGUGAAGAGUGACCGGUCCAUGGACCUUCCUGUUACGUUUGGUGGUGGACACCCUGACCCCUCUCCAAGUGAGCUGUCAGAGCUCCAGUCCAGGUGUGCAGUGUGUGAGCAGGUGAUGAAGGAGCCGGUCUCUAUUACCUGUGGACACAGUUUCUGCAGACAGUGCAUCAGCAGCUACUGGGAGCAGUCUGCUUCUGCAAGACACUAUGCCUGCCCCCAGUGCAGGAAGAGGUCCAGAACUCGUCCCAUGCUGCACGCACACACAGCGCUGGCUGGGCCUGUGCAGGAGCUCCAGCAGGAAGGGCUGAGUCCUGCAGACACACUGCAGACACACACACUGGUGGAGCCCACCGGAAACCAGCAGAGUCUCUGCCAGCAGUCCAUGAUUGUAGAUGCUUCACCCCUGUGUUCCAAUGAUCAGGACCUGGAAGCAGAAAAUAAUAAAUGUGGACAAAGAGUCCAAGAGAAACUGAAAUCCAGUCUGAAGAAGAGGUUUGAGUGCAUAUUGGAAGGGGUUGCUACAUCAGGAAAACACACCCUCCUCAACAGUAUUUACACAGAGCUCUACAUCACAGAGGGGGACAGUGAGGGCGUCAAUAAUGAGCACGAGGUGUGGCAGAUUGAGACAGCAUCCAGGACACAGACCACACAAGACACUGCAAUCAACUGCAAUGACAUCUUUAAACCUUUACCUGGACAAGAGAAACCCAUCAGAACUGUGCUGACGAAGGGGAUCGCUGGCAUUGGAAAAACAGUCUCUGUGCAGAAGUUCAUUCUGGACUGGGCAGAAGGAAAAGCCAAUCAGGAUGUUCGUUUCAUGUUUGUUCUUCCUUUUCGGGAGCUGAACUUGAUUAAUGAUGAACAAUACAGUCUACUUGGGCUUCUGCAUGUCUUCCACCCUGAAACGAAAGGAAUUGAAAACAUUGAGUCUGAUGUUGACAAAGUUUUGUUCAUCUUUGAUGGUCUGGAUGAAAGCAGACUUCCCUUUAAUUUCCAGCAGAAUGAGAUGUUAUCUGAUGUAACAAAAACAUCCUCAGUGGACGUGCUGCUGACAAACCUCAUUAAGGGGAAUCUGCUUCCCUCUGCUCUCCUCUGGAUCACCUCCCGGCCAGCAGCAGCCAAUCAGAUCCCUCCUAGCUACAUCCACCGGGUGACAGAGGUACGAGGGUUCAGUGACCCACAGAAGGAGGAGUACUUCAGGAAGAGAUUCAGUGAUGAGAACCAGGCCAGCAGAAUUAUCUCUCACAUAAAGUCAUCCAGGAGUCUCUACAUCAUGUGUCACAUACCAGUCUUCUGUUGGAUUUCUGCUGCUGUUCUGGAGCGACUGUUGGGUGAAGCUGACUGUGGAGAAAUCCCUAAAACUCUGACUGGAAUGUACACACACUUCCUGCUCAUUCAGUCCAACAUCAAGAAUCAGAAGUAUCAGGGAAGAAAUGAGACAGAUCCACAAAAGCUUCUGGAGCUGGAUAAAGACAUCAUUCUGAAACUGGGGAAGCUGGCUUUUCAACACCUGGAAAAUGGCACUCUCAUGUUCUAUGAAGAGGACCUGAGAGAGUGUGGCAUUGAUGUCACUGAAGCGUCAGUGUACUCUGGUGUGUGCACAGAAAUCUUUAAAGAGGAGUCUGUGCUGUAUCAGAAGAAAGUGUACUGCUUUGUGCAUCUGAGCCUCCAGGAGUAUCUGGCUGCUUUGUAUGUCUUUCACUUAUACGUAAGCCAGAAUGUGAACACAUUGAAGUCCAUUUUUGGUGAGAAGUUUUUAUCCAAUAUAUCAUCACUGUAUGACUUGCACAAGAGAGCUGUUCAGAAGGCCUUGGAGAGUAAGAAUGGGCACCUGGAUCUUUUCCUGCGAUUCCUUCUUGGCCUCUCACUGGAUUCCAGUCAGAACCUUCUCAAAGGCCUUUUGACAAAGACAGGAAGUAACUCAGGGAGCAUCAAGAAAACAGUCAAGUACAUCAAGAAUUUGGAGAGGAAAGAUCCCUCCCCAGAGAGGUGCAUCAAUCUGUUCCACUGUCUGUCUGAACUGAAUGAUCAUUCACUUAUGAACGAGGUCCAAAAGCACCUGAGCUCAGGAAGUCGUUCUGUUGAAAGGAUCUCACCUGUGCACUGCUCUGCCCUGGCCUAUAUGCUCCUGAUGUCAGAGGAGGUGCUGGAUGAGUUUGCUCUGAGGAAAUACAACACCUCAGAUGAGGGGCGCAGGAGACUGGUUCCAGCUGUGAGGUGCUGCAGAAAGGCUCUGCUCAGUAACUGUAACCUUACAGAGAAGUCCUUUGAAAUUGUGGCCUCAGCUCUCCAGUCAGCCACCUCACCCCUGAGAGAGCUGGACCUCAGCUACAAUAACCUGGGAGAAUCAGGAAUGAAGCUCCUGAGUGCUGCACUGAUGAGUCCAAACUGUAAACUGCAGACUCUGAGGUGA